UUGUGUAUAUCACACCGGGGUGGGUGUGAUUUACACAAAUGGCCGGUAUUGUGUAAAUCUCACCGUGGUGUGAUAUACACGGUCCCAAUAAGGAAAUAACCUAAACGUACUCUGUAAGCCACUGUGCCAGUCGCCGGCUCAGCUGCUACGAUGGACGUAGAGGCGCUGAGGGCCGUGGUGCAGCGCUACCUGCGCUCCCACCUGCUGGACGCCGCCUGUUACUGGGCCGACAAGGUGUGCUCGCUGUCGGGCGACGCGCCGCAGGACCUGGUGACGCUGGCCCACUGCUACCUGCUCACCUCUCAGCCGCAGCGGGCCGUGCAGCUGCUGCGCCGCUCGGGCCGGCUCCGCGGCGACGACGAGUGCCGCUACCUGGCGGCGCGCGGCCUGUACGAGACGCGCCUGUACCAGGAGGCGCUGGCCGUGCUGCAGCCCGAGCUGGAGACAGCGCCGGGCGGGCGCGCCGCGCCGCCUCUGCUCGAUAUCACGGACGUGGCCGGCCGUGACGAGCCGGCGCACAUCCUGCUGCUCAAGGGCCGCGUGCACGAGGCGCUGGAGAACCGCCCGCUGGCCGCCGAGUGCUACCGCGCCGCGCUGAUGGCCGACGUGCUGUGCCACGAGGCGCUGGACGCCCUGGUCGGCCACCAGAUGCUGACGCUGGACGAGGAGCAGAAGCUGCUGGAGGAGCUGCCGUUCGAGCAACAGCUGCCGGCCGCCGACGCAGCCGCCGUCCGGCAGCUGUACCAGCUGCAGCUGAAAAAGUACACCGCGCCCGGCGAGGCGGACGACCCGGAGGUGCCGCCGCCGCUAACCGAAAACAACGACGUGCUGGUGUGUCGCGCCGAGCAGCUCUACUACAACUGUGACUACGCGCAGUGUUUCAAACUGACCAGCCGCGUGCUGGAGCGAGACCCCGACCACGCGCGCUGCCUGCCCAUCCACCUUGUGUGUCUGCUGGAGCGGCGCCGCACCAACACGCUGUUCCAGCUGGCGCACCGACUGGUGGACGCCUAUCCGGAGCGGGCGCUCGCCUGGUUCGCCGUCGGCUGCUAUUACUACUCCGUGGGCAAGAUGGAGCCGGCACGGCGCUACCUCAGUAAAGCCACCACUCUAGACCCGGUUUUCGGACCCGCCUGGCUCGCGUACGGCCACAGCUUUGCCCUGGAGAACGAGCACGACCAGGCGAUCUCGGCGUACUUCCGCGGCUCACAACUGAUGCGUGGCUGUCACCUACCCCUGCUCUACGUCGGCCUAGAGUACGGACUGACCAACAACGCCCGACUGGCGCAGCAGUUCUUCAGCCAGGCGCUGGCCAUCGCACCCCGAGACCCAUUCGUCAUGCACGAGCUGGGCACGAUCCUGUUCGCCAGCCGCGACUACGCCGGGGCCGAGCGGCUGCUGACGGCGGCGCUGGAGCAGGUCCAGCACGAGUCUCACACGGUAGCUGCCGACCGCUGGGAGCCGCUGCUCAACAACCUCGGACACACCUACCGCAAACUGGGCCGCUACUCAGAGGCCCUGGAGGCGCACGAGCGCGCGCUUGUCUUGGAGCCACACAGCGCCAGCACGUACGCCGCUAUUGGCUACACGCACGCUCUGAUGGACGAACCGGCGCGCGCGGUAGACGCCUUCCACAAGGCGCUUAGUCUGAAGCGGGACGAUGCUUUCAGCACCCAGAUGCUGGGCAGUGUGCUGGAGCAGCUGCUCAGCUCUCAGGCCGUGCUGGACUCUCCCACGGCGCUACUGGUACCGAUCACAGAGCGGGGCUCGCCGACACCUGUGACCCCAGUGGUAACACCGGCGGCAGCGGCGGCCGGCGGUAGCGGGGUGACCGGGGGUGGCAGCGGCAGCGCGGGCCUCUGCACCAGCCUCAGGCUAAUGGACUCCAGUGACGAUAUGAGUUUGGAGCUGGACGAUACCAAGUGACGGCGUGGUGCCUGCGAGCUGUCUGGUGUCUUGUCUUGGUGAGCUGCUGGCAAGUGACGGAGUACGAGACCGUAAUCGAACGGUGAUGUAGCCAAACUUGGAGCUGACCGGCGGCUUGAUACCUCAACGGACACGGUAUGUCGUGAUACCACGGCGGCGUGAUGAGCCGUGGUACAGGAUGAGGGUGUCAUGCGGUGUGAGCCUGUGAUACGUGAGACCACACAGCGUCUCGGAGUGUCCCUUGGCAGCGUCAUUGAACUGCCUGUCUGGGUGGAGCAAACUGACAACUGUGGACUGCCUGUCUCGAUCGGGGGUCGUCCGUUCGGACGGCCAUAUUCAGGUGUUAACAUUGUGUUCAUGAAUGUAUCGCUACGCUCAUGCCAUCUUGAUUAAAUAUGAAAAGUGCUAUUGCUAUCAAAUGCAGGUGCAUUAUUUAA